AUGGAUACGCUCCUAGAAUCACCUGUCCUCACCAUCACUGCGUACAAAAGCGAAGUGGAGAGCCUCGGGGGCCAAGACUCUCCUGAACUAUUAGACAUAACUUGGGUGAAGGAGAACAAAACGUUCGAUCGCACGUACAUGGAGCUCUACGGCAAGUGCCAGAACACGGAGGACUAUAAAUGGGGAUUCUCACUUUUGCAGCUCAUCAUCAGCAUGGUACUGCUGCUCGCAUGGACAGUCGGGAUCUACAUAAUGUGGAUCUACACACAUUUCACUAUUGCGUCCAACAACGGCCAUUUCGAGGAAGUCUCUGGAGAAUAUCGCGCAGUCCUCAAGUUGGCAGCAGCUAUGAGGAUAGAGCUCGAUAUCGAGGACACUGAUCUUUCAGUGCUUAGAGAAAAACAACUGAAAGAAAGGGUUGACAAAGAGAUACAGGGCGGCACAGUCUUCCACGCAUAUCCCGACUCCACGCUGAAGACUCAUAGUAUUCGGGAAGGCCUCAAAACUUGGUUCAAGAAGGAUAAAUGGUGGUUCUUGGCUAUGUUGGUCGAUCUCUCAUUAUCCUACUUCACAGCCUUGUGGCUGGACUUAUUGUGGGCACUCUGA